GUCGCAUAAAUACGCUAUAUCAACCUGCUCCCCAUCACCACUUCGCCACCUUCCAUCGCUACGUGCCCACAUUUUACAAACCCCCCAAAAUAUUACCAACAUCGUCCCCUUCUUUUCAUUAAUUCCAACCCACAUGUUAUUCCACAAAAGUAAACAUACUCCUCCACCCUCCUCCUCCUGAUCCUCCUCCCAUCAUGUCCUCGCCCUCAAGGUUACCGCCACAUCAAUCACAAUGUUGCUGGUGGAACAUCAACCCCAACAACAACACUAAUGGCGGCAUUACGGAGGCCUACGACAACGACGACGCAAUCUUCAACUCAAAAGAAUGCUACGCUUGCACUCAGGUCGGUGUCCCCGUCUUCCACUCCACCCGCUGCGACCCGAUCCACCAGCCCCACCUCCAGUGGGAGCGCUCUGCCGGGUCCUCCAUGACCCGAGUCCACACCCCCACAACCCUCAACUGCGGCCCCCACGACCUGACCGGGACGCAUGCCAUUGACCCACGUAGCCAAAACGUCAAAAGGUGGAACCGCGCAGUCCUCAUGGCACGGGGCAUGUCGGUGGCCGUAGAUCCGCUCUUCUUUUACGUCAUCGCGCUGAGCCAGCGCGGUGGGCCCUGUUUUUACAUGGACGUGGCGCUGGCGCUCUUUGUGACUCUGGUGAGGACGUGUUUGGAUGCGUUGCACCUGGCCCACAUCUUGCUUCAGUUUAAGCUGGCUUACGUGUCGAGUGAGUCGAUGGUUAUUGGCUGCGGGAAGCUCGUGUGGGACUCAGGUGAGAUUGCGUGUCACUAUAUGCGGUCCCUCAAGGGGUUUUGGCUCGAUGCUUUUGUCAUUCUUCCAAUUCCUCAGGCUGUAAUUUGGUUAAUUGUGCCAAAACUGUUUAUACAAGAACAGACAAGACUAAUCAUGACGACCCUUUUGCUAACCUUCUCGUUUCAGUUCAUCCCCAAGCUCUACCACUGUGUUUACUUGGCCAAAAGACUCAAAAGGGUCACAGGUUACAUAUUUGCCUAUGGCAACAUUUGGUGGCGUUUUAAACUUAACUUCAUUGCCUACUUAACUGCCGCUCAUAUUGUUGGAGGGUGUUGGUAUGUCCUUGCAACACAACGUGUAAUGUCGUGCUUCCAACAACAGUGUGACAGAAGUAUAAACUGCAAUCUCUCUAUCUAUUGCUCCAAGGAAAUAUUUUCCAAUGGAAAGUUUUCUGGUGGUAAUGCAUUCACAAAGAUAAAGACAUUGUGCUUGGAUAAAGACACACCAUUCAAGUAUGGUAUUUACCAGCCGCUACUUGAUGUCUACGCCGGCAAUACACUUGCUGUGAGGAUCCUUUAUCCCAUAUACUGGGGUUUAAUUAAUCUCGGCUCCUUUGCCAACAACCUUACUCCGACAAGUGACUGGCGAGAACUGAUAUUCUCUUGCUUGUUGACACUAACGGGCUUGGGGCUCUUUAUUACAUUAAUUGGAAAUAUCCAGAUAUUUCUGCACAUGGUGAUGGCAAAUAAGAAAAAAAUGCAGCUGAAAUAUCGAGACAUGGAAUGGUGGAUGCAACGAAGGCAGUUGCCAUCUCAUUUGAGAAAGAGAGCUCGCUAUUUCCAGCGCCACAGUUGGGCUGCCAUGCAAGGCCAAGAUGAGCUUGAAUUGAUCCAACAUUUCCCGGAUGGCCUUCGCCGGGACAUUAAGCGAUACCUUUGCCUAGAUCUUGUGAAGAAGGUACCAUUAUUCCACAAGCUAGAUGAUGUUAUUCUGGACAACAUAUGUGACCUUGUCCGGCCAACGGUCUACUCCAAGGGUGAAAAGGUAAUUAGAGAAGGGGACCCAGUACAAAGAAUGAUGUUCAUAGUUCAUGGACGAAUAAAACGUAGCCAAGGCCUGAGCAAAGGGUUCCUAGCCACCAGUGUACUCGAACCGGGCAGUUUCUUUGGUGAUGAACUUCUCUCAUGGUGCCUUCGCCGCCCAUUUCUCGGCCGCCUUCCUCCCUCCUCGGCAACCUUUACUUGCCUGGAACCUAUGGAAGCAUUUGGUUUAGAUGCAGAUUGUCUCCACUACAUCACCGACCAUUUUCGUUACAAGUUUUUGAACGAAGAACUCAGGUGGACAGCGAGGUUUUACUCAUCGAAUUGGAGAACAUGGGCGGCGGUGAUCAUUCAACUUGCUUGGCGCCGGCAUAGAAUGAGGACGAAGGGUCUGGUGGUGGUGCAAAAUGGGGACAUUGAGAAUCGGUUGAGGCAUUACGCUGCCUUCUUUUUGUCAUUGAAGCCGCAUGACCAUCUUGAGUAGUAGUUUGUCGGUGUGUUGAUAAAAUAAGUUGCGCAACUUGCGACGUUUGAAGUUUAUCAACAAAAUAAAGUGAGAGCAGUGUUUCUUUGGAA